AUGGAAGCGCUUCUGGAAAAAGUGCAAAAUCUUCGCGAGAAAUAUGUUCACGAGAAUCCCGGCACAUCCGAAGACGACGAAUGCGAUUAUAUCAAAGCGAAAUGCGAGCAGCUCAUUCGAAGCGAGCUUUCAGCGAUCUACGGCGCCAAUUUCGAGGCGUCCAAAUCGGAAGUUCUGUAUCGAGCCGGCCAAUUAUUGAAUCAAUCGAAUCGCUAUGAGCCGCUGGCGGCGAAACUACUCGAAAAAUCGCUGAAAUUGGAUCCCACCCAAAGUCAAGCGUGGUUCGAAUUGGGAAGCGCCGAGUCGAAAAAUGGCGAUAUCGAGUACGCGGUCGUCUGUUUCGAGAAAUCGCUUCAACUUCAAAAAUCCGCCGAUGCGAUGGCGUCGCUGGCGAUCGCGCUUCGCGCAAGCGCCUCGAAAUCCGACAACGUUGGCGUUCGCAAGACAUUGAGAGAGAAAGCCCUUCAACUGGCGAAAUCGGCCGUCGAACUCGAUGGAAGUCUCGGUUUGGCGCAUUCGGCGCUCGCCACUGGCUAUCUCGUCGAGUUCUUCUCAACCGCCCAAUCCAAUAUGGAAACAUUGGCCGACGCGUGCAACUCCUACAAAAACGCGCUCGAAUGCGGCGAUCAGAAGCGCAACGCCGAGCUGUUCGCGAAUUUCGCCACCGCGCUUCGCUAUCAGGAGGACUUUGUCGGCGCCGUCGAGCAGAUGCGCAACGCGCGACGUCACGACCCGCGCGACGCCAUCGACUCGUCGCGACGCCUUCGCGCGUUGUGCGAAUAUUUGGAGAAGUUCGCCGACGCCGUCGAGAAGAAGGGCAAACUGAAGGCGAAGCGUCUCGUGUCGAUGAUCGACUCGCUGCCGGCGUCGUCGUCGCACGCCACCGAACUCCACGUCAAAGUGUUGGCGACGGUCAAUCACGAGGAAAUUGUGCCGUUGACCCUCGCCGUUUGCGAUUCCACCGGCGAAUGCUUCGGAAUGACCGUUUACAAUUGUUCGGCGACGUUCGGUUUUGUCAUCGGCGACACUUUGUCGCUGCACGACCCCGAUUGGCACGUGCUCACCGACUUUCACAUCGGCAAUCGGCAUGUCGAAAAACUGCGAUGGUGUCGAGUGUUGUCGCCGAGGCAUCUGCGACGCAACGGUGUGCCGGUCGCCUCUUCAGCACUGGCGCCGGCGACGUUGCGAAUAAUUCGAAAUUGA